AUGAUCAUUUCCUUUUGGAAUGUAAGAGGAUUAAAUAAUCCUCUUAAACAAGGCCAAGUCCUUCAAAGGGCAGCCAAGAAUAAUGUGGAUAUUUUAUGCUUGAUGGAAACUCGAGUGAAAUUAGAAAAAUCAGAUGAAUUAUUAGCUACUACUUUUGAGAAUUGGAAUGUUCUCACCAACUAUGGUUUUGCAGUGAACGAUAGGAUAUGGUUUUUAUGGAGGAAAGGUUUGGAUUUCUCCUUAUGUAAAGCUACGGAUCAGAGUAUCACUGUCAAAGGUCUGUUUAAUGGUGCUCCAUUCAUUAUUACUGCAAUCUAUGGUAGUAAUAAUGGCAUUAUUAGAAGACAAGUUUGGCAAGAACUCCGGCAUCUUGAUUCUAAUUAUAGUGACCUUCCUUGGCUCUUGGGAGGUGAUUUUAAUGUUAUCUUGAAUAAUUAUGAAAGUUCUGAUCAAGAGCUUACGGGUAUGUUCACUUCCUCUGACGUGUUAGAAUUUCAGGAAACCAUUCAGGAUCUACAGUUACAAGAUCAUCCUUUCUUUGGUCCUACUUUCUCGUGGAGUAACAAACAAAGCGACAAUUACCUUGCUCGGAAACUCGACAGAGUUCUCAUCAAUCCUUUAUGGUUCGAAUAUUUUCCUCAUUCCUUUAUGGAAUUCUUAGCACCUGGUCCUUCUGAUCAUUGUAUGGUAGCGGUUGAUCUUCACAAAGAGGCCCAUUCAAAUAGACCCAAAUCGUUCAAAUUCUUUAACUGUUGGGCUCUUCAUCCAGAAUUUCUAAACAAUGUUAGUCAAUCAUGGAAUAUGGCAACACAAGGUAAUCCAAUGAAGUCUUUGUUCCUAAAGCUUAAACGUCUCAAAGUUAGCCUUAAACAUCUCAAUAAAGACCACUUCAGUGACAUUUGGGCUAGAACUAGACAAAAAAGAGAAGAACUUGAUAGACAUCAAAUUCUUACCUUAAGAGGUGAUGAUUCGUUGGAGAAAGAACUCGAGUUGCAACGGGAGUUCAAUUCUUUAGCAGAAGCAGAGACCAUGUUCUUAAAACAAAAAGCUAAAAUGCAUUGGCUAAAGGAGGGUGACAAAUGUACAAAGUUCUUUCACUCAGUAAUUGCUACUAAGAACAAGAGGCAUACUAUAAGGGUUCCUGUCAACAAUCGGGGGGAAAGACUUGAAUCAUUUGAUGAAAUGUCCUCGAAAAUACUUGAGUUCUUCAAAAAUCUUUUAGGCUCCAAGAAUCUAGAAGUUAAAGAUUGCUUUCCUGCACUUCUUAAAGGUCUUAUGCAACCUAUCUUAUCACUUGUAGACCCUGAUGCUCUUGUCAAAGAUGUUACUAGUGAUGACAUUAAAGAGGUUAUUUUCAGCCAAGGCAAUGACAAGGCUCCCGGACGGUUUUACUUCUCUGUUUUUCAAGAAAGCUUGGCCAGUGGGUUGAAGCUCAAUGCAGGUAAAUCUGAGAUCUUCACUGUUGGUAUUUCGGCUCAUAAUCUUGACUCUAUCAUCAGUUAUACUGGUUUCAAACAAGGUAGGCUGCUUAUUAGAUACCUGGGGGUACCUCUUGUCACCAGAAAGCUUAUCGAUAAAGAUUACCAAGCUCUGCUAGACAAUAUCAAGAGCAGACUUCACCAAUGGUCUAGGAAGAAAUUGAGUUAUGUAGGAAGGGUUGAGCUUAUUAAGACAGUUCUCUACAGCGUUGCUAAUUAUUGGUGUAGACAACUAGUUUUACCACAGUCCAUUAUCAAGAAGAUUGAGCAAUUAUGCUCCAGAUUUUUCUGGAAAGGAUCGGACACUUCGCCUGUCGAUGCAAGGGUGAGUUGGGUGAAAAUUUGCAAACCGAAAUCAAAAGGAGGCUUGGGAUUAAAGGAUAUCAAGUCCUGGAACAACGCCUACCUAAUUUUUUUGAUCAGGAAAUUACUAGUGAGGGAGGGUUCUCUAUGGAUAGCAUGGCUUCAUAACUACAUAAUUAGGCAGCAUGAUUUCUGGACCAUGGAAGAACCGCAAACUGCUAGCUGGAGUUUCAAGCGAAUGCUGAAGCUCAGAAAUGUCGCUCAAAUAGUGAGUGUAAUAGCAGUAAAAAACACUAAAGAGAUUUGGGAAGAGAUCCGUCCUAAAGACACUAAAGUCGCUUGGCAUAAACUAGUCUGGUAUCCUCUUCAUGUCCCGAAGUAUAUCAUAAUUUCAUGGAUGGUUAUUUUGGAUCGUCUACCACCAAGGACAUAA